AACAGGUAAGGCUACCUGAGGGACACAGGGAGGGCUUUUGGAUACACCGCGCGUCUGGAUGUACCGACAAGGACGUUUAUAAUAACCCCACAUAUGUGUUUUCGUAAUUGAGAAUAAGUUUUUAAUAUAAUAUUCGUCAUAUGCAUAUAGAAAUGGCAAGUGUAGGACUGGUCGUUAGCGCUCCGAAUACAGAAGAGAGAGCAGUUUUCACGCAGCUUAAACCCGUGCGGAUGUGUGGCGCGGAUGGGCCGGAGGACUCGUCCGUGUUUGAGGACGUCAAACCCGCGGUUAGAAUCGCAACAAACGCUGUUGAAAUGGCUCAGACACGGAUGGAGAUGGAUAAAUAUUUGCCCCAGAGUGGCCCGGUGCUUACCCUAAACAUGAUGGAUACGAAGUACCGACGGGAAAGUGCCUCAGUGGUGGAUGAGUAUUUUGCAGAUGAGAAGCCUGCCCCUUACAGUCUUAACAUCAACGUUAUCCUGCCCAAUACCACACAUCUUCGCACUGGCCUUUACCGCCCAAACAAACCUCCGGUGCACCAGAUCAAAACAGAGCCUGGCGUGGACGAACCUUGCGGCAUUCAGGCGCUCCCCGAAUUCACCUCCGUCUUCAGUGUGCCCCAGACGGUCAACAGCCUCUUCAUCAAACCCGACAUGUCUGUCGCAGACGAGCUCCACAUCGGCCCUCAGCAGCCGUCAGUCUACCAGAUGCCCGUCAGCAGCAGCGACCUCACCACAAUGACCUUCUCCCAGAGUCAAUCCAUGAACGGGAUCGGCUCGUCCGGCAGGACCAUGCUCAACCUGAACACUGUGGCCUUGACAGCGCAAUCUGGAGAAUUUGUAAUGCCCGAGCCGUUCUUCACUUCACCCCAGCCACACAGUUUGCCUCCAUCGCCUCCCAACUCCCAGCCCAGCAGUCCGGAGAACCAGGCAGAUCUCAUUACCUCCCCUCCCCCACCGUACCAGGGUAGAAUGGGAAUGAAGGUUGGACAGAUGACCCCUCACUCCAUGCUAAUGGCCCACGGUCAGGGCAUCCUCACGGGGCCCAGAUACAACCGACGGAACAACCCCGAGCUGGAGAAGAGAAGAAUUCACCAUUGUGACUUCCCAGGAUGCACUAAAGUUUACACAAAGAGCUCUCACUUGAAAGCACACCAAAGGACUCAUACAGGUGAGAAGCCAUACCGAUGCAGCUGGGAAGGAUGUGACUGGCGUUUCGCCCGCUCGGAUGAACUGACGCGGCAUUACCGCAAACACACCGGCGCGAAACCCUUCAAAUGCAUCGCCUGCAGUCGCUGCUUCUCUCGUUCAGACCACCUGGCACUGCACAUGAAGCGCCACCAAAACUAACAGAUUUCACAUCAACUUUCAUAACAGUUUUAUUGUUCUAAAUAUUUCACAGUCAUUCACGUAUACGAAGAUCAAACUAAUGAAAGCUCUCCACACAUUUUGUCAUGAAGAGGACUGGACAUCACAGCAAAGAGCUCCAACAGGAUGUAUACUAAUGUACAUAUGUUUUGUAUGUGUUUAUGUCUGUAGAUUAAUGUGAAAAGAUGUUAUGGAUUUUAUACUUGACCUCCAUCCACUUUGUCUGACUAAAUUUGGAAAUGUUCCUUCGGGACCGUAUAGUGUCUUCCAAAUAACUUGAAAUGUAAAGUUUGAUUUAUUAAUUCCAAGGUGAUAGUUAAUUGCUCAUUUUAGACAAUGCUAGUCUAUGCUAUUUAUAUGGAAUUUCCCACUCACAAAAAGUUGUUUGCUUUUGGCUAAGAUGCUGCGAUAAAAAAGAAAUGUUUCCUGUUCUCACAGUUGUGUAUCCAUGGAUACAAAUCUUUAUGAGAUUGUAAAAAAGUAGCGCUCAGAUCAGUCGACUGUUUGACAUUUCGGCUCUUUGUAUGACUGUGAUGAAUGUGAAAAAUGAGCUCACAAGAGCCCCAUUUGACCAUGUGUGCCAAAAUUUGUAUUUCACACAACAGUUGAUUGUUUUAUAAAGGUAAGGAACUUAAAUAAGUGAAGAGAGUGCGAUAUGUGGAAAGUUUUGAAACUUCACAACAAUCCCUUUCUUUUCCCAAGAACAAAUUUGUAUUUGUUGUGGACACCGUAGCAUUUGCUUUUGUAAUGGGCUCCAAGUUGGGUCUUAAAAGUUCUCCAGUUCCCUUUGUACAUGUCCUGCUCUUAUGAAGGGAACUCUGAUGGAUCAAAAGGUACUGUACAUAUACUGUUGUUAAAGUUUAACUACAUGUAAAUACUUUUCUCUUUGAAGCUGAUUGUUUUUAUUAUGAACAAAUGGGAGUUUGCUACAUUUGUCUUGAAUGUGGGUGAAUUGAGUGUGUAGGUCUUGCAUACUAAGUGAUCAGUUUAACAUUUUUAUGUAGUAGUUUGAAUACAGAAUUUUGAAAAUAAAAGAAUAAUCACAUUUCA